AUGCGCUUCACCAUCCUCCCCGUCCUAGCGCUUGCCGCCUCUGUCCUCGCCGCCCCAGCUCCGAUCUCCGAUUGCGAGUCUCUCAAGUCCCUCGCCAUCCUCCCAGGUGGCAAACUCUUUUGCGCGACAAACCAUCCCAACUCUGACGCUGUCGAAGCUCCUGUUGAUGGCACACCCAAGAACAAUGCAAAGCGCUUCCAGGAAGACAAUGAAAGGAUCAUGAGGGUGUUGGGAGGAAUGCCGGAACAGAGGCAGAAGGCUUUCUGUGCCUGCUAUCCAGCGAAGCCUGCUUCUGAUUAG